CUUCGUUCACAUCCCUCGAGGCGUUCGUGGAGGGAAGGACGCUUACACGAACGCUCUCCGGAUUCACGGAUUUUGGUUGAGGGAGAGCUAAAGGGUGAAAAAUAUAGGUAUUUUAAGUAUAUACCAUUUUCAUUUUGUGAGAACGUGAAGAUCUUUUUACAAAGAUGUUAGUCAAAGGAUUUAGGCUUCUACUUAGGCCUAACAGCCGCGUGAUCUGUUCACCCAUCAUGGCUAAGCUUUCCACAAAACCGAACCCUGAAAAUGAGUCUUCAGAGGGGCGUGAGUUCAAGUGGCUGUGGCCGGCCUAUAGAGAGGUGGAGAUGUUCAAGGCGGGACACGACAUCGGAUGCAAGCACACAGGCGGGCGCUACAGGUACAACACCGUCAAACCCCUGGACCCUGGACACGUCGAACAGGCCCUGAGGCACUAUCAGAGGAAGAUCCAAAACUGCCGAUGCUUCUUCAAGGAACGUGAAGGCAAGAUGUGGGUCUGUGAGAACCCAAAUCCAGACAUUGACUUCGAGUACCUUGAGGGAGCCGAGAGCAAUGACGUCAUCAAACAGCUCACAGGUGAACCUUUCCUCGCUGACUGGACGCCCACCUGGAAGGCAAGACUCAUCCCCGUACCCGCCGAUGCCCCCUGCCACAUUCCCGAAAUAAAGGCAGCUUUCCCCUACCAGUAUGAUCUCGUCAUGAUGCCCCACCAUGCAUUAAUCGAUGGGUUCACUAUGUCUUUUAUCACUGGCAAACUUGUAGGACUGCUAAACGACGUUAUAGCCGGACGACCCAUCGACGACGAGCCCUUUGGGGUCUAUCUGAACAACGAGGAAAUUGUCAAGAUGGAUGAAGAGAUCGCGAAGGACCUCGAGAAGGAACCCGAGAAAAUUGAAGCGAUAAAGCAAGAGCUCCUGGCAUGCGACACCCCGCCCAUCCUCUGCAAAGCCUUCCCGCCCCCUGGAGGGAAGCCUUCAACUGACUUUGUCUACCGGAACAUCAACCAGAAAUCCCUGGCUUCCUUCACGGCGAAGUGCAAAGCCAAUGGCGUCACCUUCAACAGCGGACUGGAGGCUGUGAUCAAUACCGCUAUUAUUGAGAUGGUGCGGGAGGCGGGUGUGGAGUCUCACCACAUGAGCAUCAACCUGGCCACGGAUCUGAGACGCUACAUGAAGCGCCGCCCCCUCCCGAUCCUCGGCUUGCACGUGCGCCCAACUGUGCACAGGAUAGAGACGCCCUCCAACGUCCGGGACAACUUUUGGGACUACACGAAGAAGCUCCACCAAAGGCUCUCGGUUUUCCUGAAAUCUGGCGAAGCCAUUCAUCAGAACGUGGUGAGGGAGAUGACCCUACCGCAGCUCCCUCCAGUGGAACACCACGCAGCAGGACCCAAAGCCUUGCGUGACUACGGCGUCACUAACGUCGGAGACCUCACGGUCCUCAUCCCAGGCGUCGGGGAGCACCUCCAGCAGACGGACCUCGCCAUGUUUAGCUGCACACACUACUCUGGGUUCCCGAUGCUUCACCAGAUCUACACCUUCCGAGGACACUCGCCCUACACACUCAGCUACGACACCUCUUACUUGGCUGAAGACACUGCUGUCCAACUCAUGGACAGGAUUCUCGCACUUAUGGACGAGCUUGGGACAUCGCCAAACUGAUGGAAAAUAGGUUUGGGAAGGGUAAAAGGCCACUGCAGUGAAGCAUACGAGGUUAAAUUGUAUUACUUCAGUUCAAUUUUUUCAGACUGUUCAUUGGUAAUAUUAAGUAUUGUCUCUAUUUAACGUUCUGUGAAAUUACACGAACUUAUCUUUUUUUGACUUCGGUAUUAUAAAAUAUCGAUAGAGUUUUUGACUGAUCUUCUUUAGCUUCCUAGCACGGUUUUACGAAAUAAUAUAUCACUAUGUGCAUGACCUCGGUAUUACAUAAUAUCGGCAUUUUGUUGACUAUAUAUUUUGCUGACUUUCUGAAUACG